AUGGCCGACGAAGAUGUUGAAUCGAUACACGUCUAUAGGAGAUUAGUUGAUAAUCUUCUUACUCGAGCCGAACUAGUCAAACCGGAUAAGCAAAUCGAACCUCCGUUGACAGAAACACACCUCGGAGAAGCGAUCUGGAAAGUCGAAGGCGAUGAUGAGCAGGUCACGAGUCGGCUUAGCCAACAGACGCAAUUUGCUGCAGUUGAAAUUGCAUUCAGGGAGAGGUUUUACAGUCUGCUUGCCACUACAUCCAUAGAUGAGCCGUCCUUUAUACAAAUAUGGAAUUUGCUCGACAUAAUCUCAAUCUUUUCGGACAAUGAACAGUGUGAGCCCGGUCUUAUAUUUUGGCUGAUUGAGGAAUUACUUGAUAGCCAAACUAUUGAUGGCUGUCGCAAAGUUUUUGACUACCUCGAGUCUCGGAGAGAACGAAAUACUAAAAAACACUUUAAGCAGAAAAGUUUGAUCAUUCUGAGAUCCUGCAACGAAUUGCUGCGGAGGCUUUCACGAGCCGAAGAUACUGUAUUUUGUGGACGUGUCUUUAUUUUCCUCUUCCAGAGUUUCCCGCUAGGAGACAAGAGCGCCGUCAAUCUGCGGGGCGAAUAUCAUACCGAGAAUGUCACUACUUACGACGAAAUCCCUGAACCCGACACCAUCAUGCCAGAUGAUGCGGAUGUGGUAAUGUCUGACGAGCAGAGACCGUCAACGACCAUUGAAAGCCAACAAGAAAACAACAAUACUGAACCGCCGUCUCUCGCGGAUCCUCAGGCCCCUGUUCAAGAUCAACCGGCAGCCCCGAAAGUCAUCAUUUCGCAAGAUGAAGGUGUUGAUGAGAAGGCGAACGAUUUGAACAAGCUCUACCCUAUGUUCUGGGGCCUCCAGGCGUAUUUCUCUGCCCCAACAAAGAUAUUCGAUCCUCAACACUUCACCACAUUCAGGACGGGACUUGAGGCUACUCUUUCUGCCUUCAAAUCAGUUAACACAGACCUUGAAAGUUCAGGCACGAGCAAGACGUCUGAAGAGCUUCGAAAAUCCAACAAACGGAAGAGAACUGCGGACGGCCAAGAAAUUGCGAGUAGUUUCAACCCGAAGUAUCUGACAAGCAGGGAUCUAUUUGACCUUGAGGUCAAUGACACAGCCUUUCGGAGGCAUGUUCUGGUUCAGGCGCUUAUUCUCUUGGAUUUCAUGCUCUCGCUUACUCCUAAGGCAAAAGCAAAGCUAGCCGAGUUGACUAACAAAUCUGUACUCUACGGUUUUGUGUUGAAUGAGGACGAUGCUAAAUGGGCAGUCAAGAUGAGAAAGGCGAUAGAAGAGUAUUUGCAGGAAGGCGUUGGUGGAAAAUUCUACUAUCGAAUGGUGGACACCGUUUUGUCGAGGGACAAGAAUUGGGUUCGUUGGAAAGCCGAAGGUUGUCCAUUGAUUGAGAGACCUCCUGUUUCCGUAUCGGACUACCUCGGUGCUCGUGAGUAUGCAACUAAAGUCUACGCCAACAAGCGCCUUCGGUCUUCACCCAUGGGUUCGCUAAAUUUGAACUUCCUCUCCGAAGGCGAAUCACUAGCAGGUCUUAAAAGGCUUAAGGAACCUCAAAGGUUCACGGUACCUUCCUCUGAUUCGUUUAUGAUGGGUAUAAUGGACGAUGAGUUAGACAUGGAUACUGCCCAGACAAAGGAGGAUAAAGAGAACGCGACACGCGCUAAAGCGAGCAAGACUUGGCGUAUAUUAAGACUUUCCGCUAAAAGCAAGCUCGCAGCGUUCGACAAGAUUGAGGAUGGCAAAAAUCUAAAGCUGCUUUUUGAGACCCCACAGCCUUCCGAAGGCACUCCCCAAGUUCUUGAAGGCACCCCUCAGGCCCAUGAGACGAUGACGAAAAUCUCGGCCGAGGGCGAGUCUGGUGGUUUGGGGCAUGAUCAUGGGCCUGCCAGCUCCGAACAAGCGAAUGCCACCAUUGCCACCGAGAAAAGUUCAGCGGAUUCGAAGGAUGCAGCAGCAGCAGGCACAUGA